AUGCCGGAAUCAGGCCAUAACGAGGAAGACGAAGAUAUCUCCCUAGAACUCGAAGAGGAGACGACUACAGCUCGACCCCGUCGUUCAACAACUCCGGUACCUCUACCACGACAGAAUCACCUUUACACAAUAUUUCCCACGUUACAAAAGGAAGACGAUUGGAGAAGGUACUGCCCAGUCAACCAAUACACUUUCCAAGUGACUUGUCUACCCGGGAAAAAGCUAAGAUAUGAUCUCCAGGUAAGGAACAGUUGGCAGAUUCUCUGCCAAGAAUUUUCGGAGAAAUGUGGAGUGCCAAACGUUAAUCUCUACCCGAGUCGUCACGCCAACCCAGCGGACGAAGGUCGUCCAAAGGGUUACGGUCAAAAACAACAAAAUGGUCAACUCGGCCUUGGAAGAAGCUGGGCAUUCGGAUUGGGAGCUAUACUUGGUCUGCUUACUGUUUUUUUACCAGUUUACCCGGUUCUUAUUUAUAGGUUCGAGGUAACAUCCAGCCAAGGAACAGAUAUUGGUGCCGGAAAUCUUCCAUUUCUCAAUCAGGUACUAUUUUUAGCACUCAGCCUGGCUAUCCAUAAUAUCCCUCAUUUGGUCUCGCUGGGAGCGCCAACGAACGGCGACAAAAAGCUCAGCCAGGAAGUGCUCAACUCUUUCGGCAUACCAAACAUUCCUGCACUUAAAAAUUUGUUCGGAAAACUCGGUGGAAACCGGCCAAAGAAGCCUGUAGUGGGCUACGAACCAGGCUAUGGUGCAGUGAAUCCCAAUGCUCCACUUGCCAUCGGAAAGGUACAAUUUUUGAUUGCGUGCUAUUGCUUCAAAACCGAUGUUGACGCCAUCAACCUUCCAGGAGGUUUCGGUGACGUCGAAACGCUCAAAGGAGGCGGAUUCGGUUUUGGAAAAUAG